CCUGAAGAGACCUGCUGCAACAGUCGCUAAUAAAGCUGUUUUUUGUCUUCUUGUCACACCGGCGAAUAACUGAGUCUUUAUUGUUUAUUUCCCAAUGUUUAUGACAAAUGUAAGUGGAGUAAGUUCGCGGCACCUCUGGAUAUAUACUGUUGCUUUGGCGGAAUAACCAGGAAAAAUGUGAAAGUGUUUCAGAUGCCACGGUGGAUGACAUUCGACAAUGAACACAGAGUUUUAGAAGCAAUAUCAAACUUCUCAACCAAAGACAAAGUCAUUUGUCUAUAGCUGUGUCCUCCACCCCGAUGUCAAGGCUUUAUUUUUCUUCUCGAGGUCCUAAGCCUCCCGUGGCACCUAAACCAAGGCUAGCUUCUGUGGUGAGCCAAAGCAUUGUGAGUAAUGGGGACAUAACGUCCUCUGAUAGACUUGAACUGAAGCAAGACAAUGAAUCAGAGGUCACACAGGACGAAGCAGAUGCAUCCAGAGAAAACUGUACAGAUGAUCAUGAGAACUUAUCAGACACAGACAAAAAGUUAAUGUUUAACAAUCAUGACAUUAUUUGUUAUAAUGACACAGAAGAAGAAUUACAGAUGGUAGUGGAUGAAACAAUGGGAGAGGAGGAAGAUAAAGAUGAUGCCACUGCCUCUUUUAAUUUGGUUGAUGUGGGUGUUGUGAGUUCUGAUUCAGCAGAUGAGGCCCUCAUCAUAAACACUAAUGUUAUCAGCCCAUCAGAGAAUACAGAAAAUGCUUAUGAUGUAAUUGAGGACACAGCUACAUGUUCUAAGAGUGAGACACAUACUAAAGAUCAGCCUGCAGGUAAAUCAGUAGAGUGCAAAGACCCUAAAAGCCCAUAUGCAGAGAUUGAGGAAACACUAUCAGACAAUUGUGAGGAUCCUACAUUAUGCUCCACUGAUGACACAGAACAGCCUUAUUACAGUGAGAGAAAGUCUAUACCCUCUGAGCAUUCAAUUGAUUGUGACAGUGAUCGGUAUGAAGAGGACGCUAGUGGAAAGUGUGUACAUUAUAAGACAGAAGAGGAUCUAGCCUACAGUGAAACUGGACUUUCUUCACAGGCUACAAACUGUAGUCAACACUCACUAUGUGAGGAAUAUCCUUACGAUGUCAUUAACACACAGGAUGACAACAAUACUUGGCAGGCUGAACGUGCUACUAAAGACCCAUCUGGACGAUUCAGGUUUGCAGAGGAGUCAGUAGAUGCAUAUGAGCCCUACUCUGUCAUAGAGGUUGUGCCAGGUGAUUUCACGUGCACCUCUGACCCAGAAGCAAGAUGCACUGAUGAGAUGUCUUGCAUAGAGAAACCAAUGAACACAACAGAGGCGACGUCAAGCCAAGAGCCUUUCUAUGUGUCAUCAAAUGAUGUGGCAGAGUUAGAGAAGGAACAAGCAAUUUUAGAAAAUGGUAUCUCUCAGUCAAAAAAGCCUUCUAAACUUAAGGAUAAAGAGAUGGCAAAAAGCGAAGCAGUGGAUGAUUAUGCUGAUAUUGAAGAUGCUGAUGACCAGCAAGUGGAGUGUGUGUCCUCAGAAGAUUACGUGGAAAUAGGAGAUGAAGAUGAGCCAGUAAACAUGGACAGGAAAACUAAGGGUAAAAGUGUGAGAGAACGAUCAGUUGGACGGGAAAAAGCCUUCUUGAGUCAGAGAAACAGCUGCCAGCCUCGUCUCAGACUUUGCAACAUUACAGUUCCAGCUAACCUGGAUUUAGGCAGAACUCCUGAACUUACCAACCGUGUGGUUUUUGCCCACACCACCGAAGCAUUUGAAGAGGACAUAGAAGAGCUAGACUGCCAUAUUGUGCCUUUCUUUGAGGACACAGACACAGAAAGUGACGAACACAUUUAUGAGGAGGCUGGCUUUGACUCAGAGGGGGAGAACUUUAUCUCUCUGGACAGGAAGAGCAUUGUGACAAGAUCUCGCUCGCUAUCUGGGAAAGUACCUGGAUAUGUUCCUGAGACUGUGCCUGAGGAGACGGGCACUGAUUGCCAGACUCACGAUUACUACACAGUAGCCUUGGACCAGAAUGGCAAUCCACAUCCCAAGCCUUCAGAUGAAACCGAGGCUAAUCAAAUUAUUCCCUCAUUGAAGCAAAGACGUUUUCUUCCAUCUCCUCGGUCGCUUUCAGUUGAGGGUGGAGACACACCGUUUUUAGGGCUCUUUGAGGGUGAUAAAUCUCCUAGAGAGGAAAGUAGAUUGCAUAGAAAAGAUGACACACUUUCGUUGCCUUGUGUAAUCACUUCUUCUGGAAGCUUUUCUCAAAGAAGCCACCAGUCCUCCAGUGGUGUAUCGACACCUACAUCUCUAGUCGAUAUCCCACCACCCUUUGAUUUAGCUUACAUAACUAAGAGGCCUGUCACCAAAAGUUCUCCAUCACUUCUAAUCCAACACGAAUCUCCUGAUAACCUGAAAAAGAAGAAGACGUCAUUCAAACGGUUCUUGGCUCUGAAAUUUAGGAAAAAAGCAGAAAACAAAGCCUGUGGAGAUGGCAGUGUUCGCUCCUCCAGGUCAUCGUCUGAGUCUAGUCACCAUGGGACCAUUCGGGUGCUGGAGCUUGAUCAUCGGAGUACAAGUAGCUCCCCCCAGAUUCAGUCCCGUGUGACCAUGCCACAACGCAACUCAGAGUUACCUACCACCUUUCUGCUUUACAAAGAGAGGCAAAGUAGGCAAUGUGUGGCCAAGAGUUACAUCAACAGGGGUAUAGCCAGAGUGGAAUCCUUUGAGGACCGCUCUCGGCCCCCCUUUAUGCCUCUACCCAUAACUAAGCCUCGUUCCAUCUCUUUCCCAAGUGCAGAUACAUCUGACUAUGAAAACAUUCCUGCAAUGAGCUCAGACUAUGAAAAUAUCCAGAUUCCUCAUGGGAGACCUACUCGGGCAGUCACUAUUACAGAAUUUUUUGAUGAUCAGAAUCGAACAACAACCCCUGCCAAUGAGAAUGAUGGCUAUGUGGACAUGAAUUGCUUUGCAGGAAUAGAAAACAAGACCACCACUCAAGGACAAGACACUGAAAGUGCCUACACUGAGCCAUUUCCUGUUUGUUCUGCGCCUGUCUCUGUUUCCAAUGAGGAAGACCAUGGACGAACCUCUGAGGAAGAGGACGGCCGGGAAGACCACUGCCAUGACAGACAGAUUGAUGGGCGAUCCAGAGCCUACUAUGUUGUCAAAGACCUGGUGGAUUCAGAAAGAGAACACGUGAAGGCCCUGAAGAUUCUUCAGGAGGACUUUAGAGCAGCAGUGACAGCAGCAGUAGGAGAGGAUGAAGAGCCUGUGAUAGAAAAGGGGAAACUGAACGAGAUCCUAAGUACUCUUCCUCAGGCCUACCAUCUGCACACUGAACUCCUCAAUGAGCUUGAGACCCACAUUAAACAGUGGGAGGACAGCCCGACAGUAGUUGAUGUCAUAUUAACACGGCGGGCAGAGUUUUCAGCCUUCACAACCUACAUCUCAGACUAUGACCGCAGCAUGUCACUGCUGAAGGAGAGCUGUAGACAGAGUAAAGCUUUCGAGGAUGUGGUUAAACAGUUUGAGAUGCAGAAUGCAGAAGGAGUACAUGUUCCUUUGAAACACCAGCUGCAGCGGGUCAUUGUGCGUGUCCUCCAGUACCGAAUGCUGCUCACAGAUUACUUAAACAACCUCUCCCCUGAUUCAAAAGAGUAUGAAGACACAAAAGCUGCGCUGGCAAUCGUGUCAGAGGUUGCAGACCAGGUUAAUGACAAUCUAAAAUACGGGGAGAACUUGCUUCGUUUGGUCCACAUCGACUACAGCGUGAAAGGCAAAAGAGACCUUCUUCAACCAGGAAGGGUUUUCGUCAAGGAGGGCACUCUGAUGAAGGUCUCUCGUAAAAGUCGGCAGCCCAGACACCUCUUUCUGAUGAAUGAUGUAAUGCUGUACACCUACCCACAGCAAGAUGGCAAAUACCGAUUGAAGAACACACUCACUCUAAGUGGGAUGAAGGUCAGUAAACCCAUCUUAGACCAUGUGCUCAACACACUCAGGAUAGAAGUCAGUGAUGUGACCAUAACCCUCUCUGCGAGUUCUUUAGGAGAGAGAGAGGACUGGUUCCACACGCUGAGCCGGGCUAUAGCGGAUCACGCCGCAGGCCUCAACACCUUCAGUUGUUCUAGUGAGGCGAGAGAAAAAUUGUGGAUGUCUCUGGGAGAGGCUGCACCUGUGCUGGUUCCUAUAUCCCAUGUUAUGAUGUGCAUGAAUUGCACUUCUGACUUCAGCCUAACACUGCGACGGCAUUACUGCAAUGCAUGUGGAAAGGUGGUGUGUCGUUCCUGCUCACGAAACAGGUAUCCACUGAAGUAUCUGAAGGACAGGAUGGCUAAAGUAUGCGACCACUGCUAUGCCGAGCUCAGAAAGAGAGGUGGUAAUAUUCCUGGAACAUGUGGGAGCACUAGUCCCCUCACACACAGGGCCAGCAGGCCUCUCUCCGCAGUGUUCCAAAGUCUACAGCCCCCUAGCCUAUGGAGGAACAGAAAGUGCACCUCACCUCUCACACAGGUGUCUGAUGGUGUAGAGGGGUCCACUAUGAGCGGCAGUCUGCAGAGGUGCAAAAAGAGCAAAAGGAAGUGGAAGAGGCUGUGGUUCCUACUCAAAGACAAGGUGCUCUACACCUUUAAAGCACGAGAGGAUAAGGUGGCAUCUGAGAGUCUUACUCUGCAGGGUUUUACUGUGAAGCUGCCUGAUCGGUCAGAGGGCGAAGACACAGACAGUGUUUUCCAGCUUUAUCAUAAAAAGACUCUCUAUUACACCUUCAGAGCAGACGACCAGCAUACUGCUCGCAGGUGGGUAAAUGCAAUGGAAGAGGCCACAGUGUUAUAGCAUCCACCUAUUUGCCCCGAUGACGUGACCCCAGGCUAGGUUCUCAUCUCUCCUGCAAAAUUCCAGACAGCUAAAGCCAUUAGGGGCUUAAAGCUAUGACAUCACAGUUGCCUGUGCCUGAGAAACCAGCUGAACCAUACCACGGAUACCUUUGUUUUUAUCUAUUCUUUUGGCUGCUGAAUGGAAGUCCUUAAAACGUACAUAGAGUAACACCAGGCAUGUCAGGCUUGGUGUUUUUCCUCUUGUGAGCUGUCCCAAGAGAAGUCCAUGUAUGCCUCAUUUGACUUUACAGACUAAUUUAAAAAGUGCCAAAUGUAAACAGUGCAGUUCAGUGAAGUCGCAAUCUGCUCGGGGCUUGUGAAUGGCUGUUCUAGGAUUACUCAUCUGUGUGGACAAAUAAAAGAGACAAAUAAAUUCUUUUUUUACUGUAACUAACCACAUUUCAAUAUGCAGAUAAGUGCAGUCAUUUUAUACACUACAUUGAAUUAAUGUAAAAUUAAAAUGAACUUAAGUGCAAGGCAUUUGUUAUAGUUUCAGUGAAUAUGAUAAGCAAACACAGGUUUGUUAUAGUCAGUGUAUUGUUGAUUUAAUUUAACAGUAAAUAUUAAGCAUGGCAUAUCCUACCACCUCAGAUAUCAAGAAUCCAUGUUUUAUAUGCAAUGACACAGUGUGAUAUAUAUUUACAUGUUCAAUAUGGAUUUGAUACUCAGGCAAGCUGUACAUUUUACUCAAAAUAGUCAAACAAUUCUCAUUGUACUAUAUUUAAUUUGCGGCUAUUUUAAGACAUUCCUUUUUAUCUGUUAUGAUUUCGCACACCGAGUUAUUUUCCAGCUGACAUUGUACCACUGCACCCUUUCAAAAAUACCAUGGCAACAAACUGUGGCAACUUAGUAGCUAUUAGCCACCACUGUCAAAAAAAAACAAUGAUUUGAAAAGCUACAUUCACUUUUUGAAGGCUAUCCAAUGCAUUUAAUGCGAUUUUACAAUAACUAUAUUAUUGCAGUAUUCAGGCUAUGGUUACCAUGGUAAUAUUUGUGAGAGUAGUUGGAUGUACCAGCAUCACUUCGUCAUAUCGGAGCAUGCAUUUGAAGCCCAUGUUUGGUAAAACCUUGAUGCAAAUCAAUAUGCAAAUGUUUUGAACAUCUGCGUUGGUUCAAAGUUUCAUUAAAAAUAAGAAAGUGCCAUAAGAUUUAUCUACAGAGCAGUUUUAUCACAAUCUUAACUUGGAGGCUGUUGUCAAAGCCUCGUCAUACCCAACAUUUCAAACCUCACUAUGUUCAACAUUUUAUGCAUCAAUAAAACAUUAUUCUCUAACUGGAUAUGUGAAGAAAAUAAACAAUGUAUUUUGAACCUCACCCAGUCAUGCAAAACAUCAUGCUACUUUUCGAUCUAACUGAUAGACUUCCAGUUAUUUAAAUUAUGAAAACAUGCUCAGAUAGAAGGGAUCUUAACCCAUCAGAGUCUACAAAAAUGCCUGUAAAACAAAACUGAGGAUCGGUCAUGCUGUUGUGUUCUGUACUGCAUGUGAUUAGCUUGAGAGAUUAUAACUGCAUUGUGGAAUGUAUUGUGAUAUAUAUAUAUUAAUCACAAUAGAAAGAAUGAUUAGAUGCAGUAUGUACAGUAUGACAAGCGAUAAUGUUUGUGAAUGUUUGUAGGGUCUGUGUUCAACUGAGCCUUAUUGUGUUAAUUUUCCUUAGAUUGUCUUUAAACUGCUAUUACCAGAUAUUCUUCUUUAUAUCGUGUUUCUUUAAUUUGUCUUUGAAUAUUACAUAAUUUUCUGUAAAUCUCAUGUUUCAUAUCAAGUGCCAGUAUUCGUAUUCACUCAUUUGUAUCUGAUAUUCAAAAGCACAGCCCCUUGGCUUAGAGAGGAUAUGUUUUAUCUGUGGGAUUUCAUCCCUUUUACUUGCAUUAUGAAAAUUAAAUAAAAGCCCUGCCUACAGAAGAAGAAAAAUGUAAUGAAAAUGUACAUAAUUAAAGGGAGGAAAAUGCAUCUUAUCU